AUCUUUUCAUCAUUCACAUCGGAUGAAUUUCUCAAUCGAGGUCUACAAGACUUAUGAAGCCUUCAAAGCCGUGUCUCAGCAUUGUAUCCGUGCGGAUUGGGGUAAGGAGGUGGUCUGAAACGCGGCUGAUGCAUCUUGGCGUUCUGCCUUCGCCGUCGUCUCAUCAGCGUGCGCCAACUUUGAUGGGACAAAUUCCGAGCGCAAGGUCAGUUUUUAGUCUCUACAACUUCAAAGAUCCUUCUUGAAGAAAAUCACAUCAAAAACAUGCGAAUAUCAUCAAACCCCAUCAUACGAGCCGCCCUCGUGGCAGCAUGGCUCGCCUCAACAGCCCUCGCGAUGCCUCAAGUGGUCGACCGCGAAGACCCCCCACCAUCCCCACCAGCACCGCCGAAACCUAUCGCGACGGCCGACCAAGUCGACAUAACCCAACCAAACACCACCGCCCCUCCACCACAAAAACAAAAGCCGCCCGUUCCAAUCAUGGUCCGGCUGUUCCCCAGCUCACCUGGCGUCAAGAACUGCCGCGGCGCGUCCUUUGUAGACAUGGAGCUUCCGCAAAACGCGUCGACGGAGCCGACAUUCACGACCAAGGAUGGGCAGUGCUACAACCUACCGGGCACGGCGCAGUGCGGCAUCUUCAUGGGAAACAAGGCCGAUGGGUGCGAGGCCAAGUUGUUUCGCGGGGAGCGGUGCAGCGCGUUUUCCAACGUUGCUGUUUUUCAGGACGAGCUGCGACCUGUGGGCGGCUUCUUUGCAAGUAUGAGCAUCAAGUGCGGUGUCGUGCCUGUCGAGCCAAAGCCGUUGAGCCUGGGAGGGUUGGGCGGCAAGAUGCAGAAGCCCGUUCAGGGGAAGGGGAAGAGGGCUAGGAGGGCGGUUGUGUCUGCGAUACUCGACAAUGACUAGAUUGAGCCGGAACGCGGCAGGAAGGAAACAUUGAGAGCUUUGCUUGAUAGGCGUUGGGAACCUGGGAUUUGGAGCGAGACUACGCCCCCGGUCCAAGGCACCGGGAGGCGACGGGAAUUGCGGCACGUAGACGCCGGCAGUGGAAGGAUGGCAUUAGCCGUUGACGAAUAAUGAUUAUGACACUUGACGACCACAUGAGACUUUCUCUUUUAGUGAGGCAGUCCGAUUAGCUGUGGCCCUAGCCACCCCAGUAACCUGC